AUGGCACUCGAAGGGCAUCCUGCGGUGGUCUUAGCUGGUGACUUUAAUGCGUGGAACGAGGAGUGGGGUAGCGCCCGCACCACACAGCGAGGCGAGUGCCUGUUGGGGACGGUUAACCAUCUUGGGCUGCAAACGCUGAACCGUGGCAGUGAGCCAACGUUCGCCGGAAACGGAGUAGCACGCGAAAGCGUAAUCGAUGUGAGUUUUGCCUCGUCAAACGUCGUGGUACCAGACGGAUGGAGUAUUGUCGAAAAAUACUCUGGCAACUACCACAAAUAUGUCACAUUCGGCGUGGCCAUCCCAAGUAUGCGAGCAAAUCAGCAUGGACGUCAUCAGCAGCCUCAUCACCAACAACAGCGACGAGGAGGGCCGCACAACACCAGCGGCCUAGCAAGGCAUGCAGAAGUGAGGUGGAAGACGGCUCAGUUUGAUCGUGAGUGCUUUGAGGUAGCGCUCUCGAACAGCCGCUUCAGCCUCGCCUCAACUCCGGAGGAACUGCUCGCCGGCCUUACUGCUGCCUGUGACGGGGAUAUGCAGCGUGUUCACGGGCCGACUUUCCGCCUCUCGCCGAAAAUGUAUUGGUGGACACCUGAGAUUGAGCGGUUGCGAGAGAGCUGCGAAGAUGCCGAGGGACGACGUCACCGGGCCGCCACCCCAGAAGAUCGGGCCGCCGCAUCUUCCGACCUUCUGAGGCAACGCAGGCUGCUUGCGCAGGAAAUCCUCCACAGCAAGGAUCGAUGCAUGCAGGAGUUGAUCGACAGCGUGGAGGAUGAUGUGUUCGGGAUGGGGUAUAAGGUGGUGAUGGCUAAGCUGCGUAGUCGCACACCACCAGAGACUGAUCGCGCAGUGCUCCAACCGAUAGUCGAUGCCCUAUUCCCGACACAUCCACCGUUCGAAUGGCCAGCGAUUGAGGCGGACAGUGAAGUGGAGGCGGUACCACCGAUCACCACAAAGCCGGGCAAGCCGCCUGGGGAAGCUUCCUCCCACCGUCCGCUGCUCAUGCUGGGAUCGGUGUCCAAGGUGUUUGAGAGGCUUAUCCUCAAUCGCCUUAACGAACACCUGGAGGAGAGUAACAACACCCGACUCUCACCAUCCCAGUAUGGCUUUCGUCGUGGCCGAUCAACAGUGCAGGCGAUUCAGCGCGUCGUGGAGCAGGGCCAGCAUGCCCGGUCCUUCCAUCGCACCAACAGGCGGGACCCUCGAUGUCUAAUGGUGGCAGCAUUGGACGUCAGGAAUGCGUUUAACGCGGCCAGUUGCGAGGCGAUAGCGCUAGCUCUGCAGGAAAUGCGCGUUCCUGCGACGCUCCAGAGAAUCCUGCGCAGCUACUUCUCGGAGCGAGAGCUAGUGUACGAAAGCAGCGAGGGACCGGUGCGGCGGAAAACAUCAGCUGGCGUUCCACAGGGGUCGAUUCUCGGCCCCACCCUGUGGAACGCGAUGUACGACGGAGGUGGUGGGCUUUGCCGACGACCUCGUCGUCUUGACGAAAGGCACCACACCACAGGCGGCAGCAGAAGCGGCGGAGACGGCGAUAGCGGCGAUAAGCGCGUGGAUGACGGCGCACCACCUUGA